AUGGUUGUGUCGACUGGAGUCUAUGCCAAAUUGGGCGGCCUAUAUGAAGCUUGGGAUGAGAAGAAGGAUCUGCGAGAACAGUUUCGAAACGUGAAGCGGCUCUUGGUGGAGAGACCUGCAGAAGGUGACUCUAUUGAGACAACCACCGCAGCCAUUGCUCGCACAGCCUUGAACCUGCGCUUCAACAGUGCUGCAGUGGAGCCACUGUGCUGGAAGAUGAGGAAUGCACCUCAAUCUGUGCCAUGCAUCGAUGCAUUGCACAGAGAGGUGCAGAAAUUCCACGAGGCACAUGGUCUGAACUCAGCCUUCAAGACCAUCCAGGAUGAAGCAUGGAGUCUCAGGUACAUGUUCGGAUUGGUGAAGCAAUUGACGUACAAGCAAGGACCACCCAGAGAUCCCGUUUUCCUCUCGAUGCUGAAGGCCUUUGGGGUGAACCUGGAGGAAUGGCGGCCUGAAGCGAAACCACCUGCGGCUGCUAAGGACUGCCUUGGGCCACUGGGAGGGAGUUACUUCUCGACCUUAGAUUCAAGCUUAGUUUUAGUUUGCUUGAUUGAUAAUUUAGAUUAG